AUUGAGAGCUCAUCAUACGUUCUUCGAAGCUCUUCGACGGUAUAUUUGUCAGUGAAGGAGAUCCUCAGUUAGAGUGUGGUACUGUGAAGGUUGAGUUGUUGCCGAUUUUGACUCCUGUUCAACCAUGGAGAAUAGCGCCUUUGACCAAGAAGAAAGUGCCAAGUUCGCUGGACAAGCAUUUUCCACUGAUUUUGAAAGACAACAGAAGGAUCCCAAGUCCUCACCAGCCUCGAAUUUGCCACGGAAAAGCCGAAAAGAUCAACCAGGUCUUCGAAUUUUUGGCCAUUCCACGGAUCAAAGCGAUUCCAACGCGACCACACUUCCAGGCGAACAUAGCAUCGACGAGGAUCCAAACGAGGAAAUGAGUUCCGCCGGCCCCAAUUUGGAGAAAAUGAGCGACGCAGCCAAUGGCGAGCUGAGCCGAACCGAUAAUCCCAACAAGAAAGUGGGAUCGCGCAAGAAGUAUCGUUCCCGUUCCACUUCCGCCUCCAGUCAAGAUAGUUUCAGCUCGGGAUCUUAUUCAGGGAGUAGCUCGGACGAAGAAACGGUUUCUCCCCGAGAAAAGACUCAGAAGAAUUCGAAAGGUUUUACCGACUUCUGUGUCCGUCGCAUCGAACAGGCCUCUUAUGGACGGCGAGAAAUCGAGAUUGCCGAGCAGGAGAUGCCCGGUAUUAUGGCCUUGCGUAACAAGGCCAAGGACGAUAAACCGUUGGUCGGAGCCAAAGUUGUCGGUUGCACACACAUCAACGCUCAAACCGCCGUCUUGAUCGAGACUCUCAUCGCUCUCGGUGCUCAGGUCCGUUGGUCUGCCUGCAACAUUUACUCCACCCAAAAUGAGGUGGGUGCCGCCCUGGCCGAAAAGGGCGUUCCCGUGUUCGCUUGGCGUGGAGAGAGUGAGGAGGAUUUCUGGUGGUGCAUUGACAAAUGCAUCUCCGCUGAUUCCUGGCAACCCAAUAUGGUUCUGGACGACGGAGGCGAUGCCACUCACUUGUUGGUGAAGAAGUACAGUUCCAUCUUUAAGCUCAUGAAGGGCAUCGUGGAGGAGAGCAUCACCGGCGUUCAUCGUCUCUAUCAGAUGUCCCAAUCCGGGAAGUUGUUGGCCCCGGCCAUGAAUGUGAAUGACUCGGUGAUCAAGACCAAGUACGACAACUUGUACUCUUGCCGAGAGUCUAUCAUCGAUAGCUUGAAACGCACAACCGACAUCAUGUUUGGUGGCAAGCAGGUCUUGGUGACUGGCUAUGGGCAAGUGGGCAAGGGGUGUGCCCAGAGCAUGAAGGCCAUGGGUUGUGUCGUGUUCGUUACAGAGAUCGAUCCCAUCUGCGCUCUUCAAGCCUGCAUGGAUGGAUAUCAAGUUGUGAAGUUGAACGAAGUGGUGAAACAGGUGGACAUUGUCAUCACCGCCACCGGGAACAAGGGCGUGGUGACCCGCGAGCAUAUGGACAAAUUGAAGAAUGGUGCCAUUGUCUGCAACAUGGGCCACUCCAACACGGAGAUCGACGUGAUGUCUCUGAAGACUCAGGAUCUGACUUGGGAAAAGGUUCGCACCCAAGUGGACCAUAUCAUCUGGCCCAAUGGCAAAAGACUGGUCCUCUUGGCCGAGGGUCGAAGAGUUAACCUGUCGUGUUCCUCCGUUCCCAGCUUCGUGGUCUCCAUCACCACGUGCACCCAAGCAUUGGCUCUUAUUGAGUUGUUCAACGCUCCAGCUGGUCGGUACAAGGCUGACGUGUAUUUGAUGCCAAAGCUGAUGGACGAGUUCGUGGCCAGCCUACAUUUGACCGCGUUCGAUUCCCAUCUGACCGAGCUUUCGGAUGACCAAGCCAAGUAUAUGGGUCUAGCCAAGACCGGUCCUUUCAAGCCUAAUUAUUACCGGUAUUAGAUCAGCGCCAAUGGAUGAAGAAAACCGAAUGCACAGCCCAAGUUUGAUUUUACACUGAUAGCAUGCAUUUACCUCCGGUAAACCCAUUUCAAGAGUAAUAAUGAUGAUAAGAAAAGGAAUGUUUUUAUUGUAAGAGUCUGUCAAGUUGCCGCUUCGCACCCGUAGGUUGUGGGAUUGAUUAAUUUCUAGAUUUGACUGAAAAGUCCAAUAAGCAGCGCCGGCCUUUUGUAGCAAACAAGAUAAAGUAAAAAUACAGAACAUGGGUGGCUUUACAACGAAAACGUAUUUUUGUUAGAUGUCAAAUGUAAAAUUCAAUUGAAAUAAAGCACCUCCACAAAACUA